CAAAAGUCAGUCAUUCAUGAGCGUCGUAGGAUGAAGGAAUAGGGCUCCAGUCAAUCAUUGUGGGCAAGUUAUCCUCAUAAAUAGUAGAAUCAUCCCCUCAUAUCUGGAGAAAUGACAUUCAAUCGCCCAUCCCAAGGAUCAAUUCCUUUCGAAGCACUUUUACACUGAAACUUUCGCUCACAAUGCAUCUCACCAAUUCAAUCGCUCAAGCCGUUCUCUGCCUCUCAGUUACGGUCUUACCUGUCGUCCACGGCGCCAUCGCCAUCGGUAACCAGAUCAGAGAGGGCGGCACUCACUUCAACGUCGCCUGGAUUGAAGGGAUAGACCCUUGUAGCUUUGAUGUUGCGAUAGCUCCAGAGAGCGGACGCGAGUGCAAUCGCAACUUUCGACUCGAUGGCACCGAUUACUACCUUGUGGGCUGCACCGACCCUAACACGGGUUAUGCUCAGAAGCCGCAAAGACUUCGACGUGUCAAGGACAAUUCGCUCUAUGGGAACUGUGCCCCAGUGAAAAAGAAGGAGAUUGACUGCAAGGGUCAUACACACAACGUUGUGAAGCGCUACAUCUGCGGUUAGACUGCUCAGCUCCUUACGAGAUAGAGCUCUCAACAAAGUGGGGAGCUCAAAAGUUCGUUGGGAGAGGGCCUCAGUCAAUGGAACGAAGGGGUUAUGAAUAUAACGUUUUUGGUUUGAGGUGGUCGAAAUUGGUCAAUACUCUGUCAUUACGAUGAGAAAGAGUGGUAUUUUGAGAGGAUGUGUAUAUAAUGCAUAUUCAACUGACCCGGAUUCUGCUCUGGUACAUAAUACACAUCAUUCAAGGCUCAAAUUAGUGUCCCGUCACGUUUUCGUGUGAAGAGCAUGUUUGUAAUCUG